UCUGGGAAAGGGCGAGCGGCUCGCAGACAGGUGAUGGACGCCGGGCCGGCUCGCGCCUCCUCCUCCUCCUCCUCCUCUUCUUCUUCCUCCUCCUCCUCCUCCUCUUCUCUGCUCGGCUUUUUUCACUUCGUCGCCAUCCCGGCCAAGAUGUAGACACUGACCGCUCCGUUGCUUGCCCAGAAAAAGCCCGAAGCAUCUGCAGCAGCAACAGAAGAAGGCGAGGAAGCGCUGGUGGGCACCUUGGAGAAGGGAGGAAAGGAGAAGAGAGAGAGAGAGAGAGAGAGAAACCAGAGUCCGGGGCGUCCGGCUUGCUGAAGCGCCUUCCUUUCCCUUCUUCGCCGCCCCCUCCUCGUUUUUCUGGCUUCGGAAGCGGGGGAAGAGCGCCAACGGGACCACCACCACAGCUCCCCCUCCAAGCCGGCUUCUCGCCUCUGCAAGGGGAGACCCCCCCCCCACGCGGGAACCAACCGCCGGAGAGACCAUUUAGAUGCCAUAGGAGAUUUAAGGAGGAGACCUCCGCCCGCGCGCCCCCUGCCCAGAGCCCGAGCCCGGAGGACAACUGCCCCCCUUCCUCCUCCUCCUCCUCCGCCCAGCGCCGGUGGUGGCUCCCUCGCGCCCCCCCUUGAGGGAUGGUUGUUAUUUUCCCAACCCAAGGAGGCGGGGGGGUGCGCCUCCUGCGCUGCACCGUUGAGUCGUGUGGCCGACUACAGUGAUGAGCCCGCAAUGAGGAUCAGCGCAGCAUUCUGGGUUAUAGGCUUUUGCUACCUCGUGUUGGCAGAGGAAGCAGAGAUCCCUCAAGAGUUGAUCGAAAGGCUGGCGCACAGUGAGAUUCACAGCAUACGGGAUUUGCAGCGUCUCCUGGAAAUUGAUUCCGUAGGUUAUGACGAUGCAGCAGAAACCAACCUGAUCUCUCGUCCCAUCCACUCAGCCAAGCUGCUGCAAGAAAACCACCCUAGAACUAUCCGCAGAAAAAGAAGCGUUGAGGAAGCCAUUCCUGCAGUCUGCAAGACGCGGACGGUGAUCUACGAGAUCCCCCGGAGUCAAAUUGAUCCGACUUCUGCCAACUUUCUGAUAUGGCCUCCCUGCGUGGAAGUGAAGCGGUGCACCGGAUGCUGCAACACCAGCAGUGUGAAGUGCCAACCCUCGCGGAUACACCACAGAAAUGUCAAGGUGGCCAAAGUGGAAUAUGUUAGAAGAAAACCCAAAUUAAAGGAAGUUCUGGUGAAGUUAGAAGAGCAUAUGGAAUGCACUUGUACAAUGUCAAAUUCCAAUCCAGAUUUACGAGAAGAAGAAACAGAUGUCAGGUGAAAAUAAGCUAGAAAAGAUUUCUUUCCAGGACUCGAAUGUACAGGAUCUGUUACAUUCCUGAACCUACGCUGUAUGGUGCUUUCUGGAUAAAUACUUCACUCAUCUUCCUAUCCGGGGGGGAAAAAACUGGUUGAGAGAGAGAGAGAGAGAGAGAGAGAGAGAGAGAGAGAGAAGGAGGGGGGGAGGGAGAGAGAAACACACAACCACACACACACACAGACAUGCACACACACUUCACCAGAACACACAAGGGACAAAUGUAUAGUUGUUUAAAUAUGACAUCGCAGGAAGUAUUGUAGCCGUCUGCAAAAUAAUACGACGUUUCCCUAUCCAUGAAAUCGAGAAAUGGUGACGUGAAUUGAAUGAGAAGAGGACGAACAACAAGUGGACAGCAGACUUCCUAAAAAAAAAACAAAAAAACUGUCAAUGGUGCUUUUAUUUUAUUCCCCUCUUGUCCGUUUUAUUUUUCUCGAGAAAUGUGCCUGAGGCCAAUAUGCUGACGGACGGAUUCAGAUGGAGUUUGGCAAAACAGUGGCAACAACGAUGACAACCAUCAAGAACAGGAAUGUAUCAAAUGCCCGGGCGGAAUCUAGAAUGGGUUUUUUUUAAAAAAAUAAUUUUAAUUUUUUUUUUUUGGCUUUGGCGGUGAUUAAAAAAAAAUCUAUUAAAGAAAAAUCCAUCUGGGGCGCCGUAAGUGUUUGUUUUAUUUUGGGUUGUUGUUGGUUUUUUUUUUUUUUUUUUUACACCAUCAAGUUAUUGAGCUUUUCUUUUUAUUCUUUUGCCUAGCAUUUUAUUAUCUUUCUGUUGUUGUUUUUUGUUUGUUUUUGGACUACAUUUACCAAUAAUCCGAUAUAAGAGAGACUUGGUGUAGUGGCAAUGAAAUGGGAUCAUGCAAGACUAUGGCGUUUUUAUUUCUCCUAGCGGGGGGGUGCAGACUAAUGAAAUGUAUUAAAAUAAAAAUGGUAUACCUAUGCAUAAUUUUCUAAAUGUUUCUUGGUUUGUCUACCCUUUUUCCUUUCUCCCCAGCCUCUUCCUUUUUCACAAUAUAUUAUUUAAAGCAGGUGUUUGGGGUUUCCUCCCCGCUUCCUCCUUCCCUCUUCAAAAAGUUGCCGAAGAAUUAGCAACGUGGUGGACAUAUAGUCUCAUGUCCGCCAUCUUUUCUUGAAAAGUAUAGUCAUGGAAGCUGGACAAACAAUUAAGUUAGAACAAUUAAUCAGUGGAACAGCUUGUCUCCAGAAGUUGUGGUGGCUCCAACACUGCAGGUUUUGUUUUUUUUAAAAGAAGAGAUUGAAAUGGUGUCGGGUUUCCUGCUUGGUCAGGGGAUUGGACUAGAAGGACCUCCAAGGUCUGUUAUUCUCUUAUCUUCUGUUUGGUUGGUGAUCAUGUACUGUAGAACAUGUUUACUUAAAUUUCAUGGCUCAAGAACGGAGCCCAGUCAAGUGAGGAAGAUUAUUGAAUGAAUAAUGCUAAUUCUUACCUAAUUCUAGGGGACGCAAAGAUGUGUCUUCAAAUGAACUCUUAAAUUCUCAAUGAGGUGCAGAGGUUCCAUAAAUUCCUUGGUUUUCUUGAAGAUGCAGAGUUGGAGAAUAAUUUUUAAGAAUGUCGACAAAGUUGGGUUACGCGAGCUUUAGGUUAUAUGCAAGUCAAACCAAACCAAACCCUUUAAAAAAAAAACACAAAAAAACCAACCACAACGUAUUUGAGUCGUCCACAAAUACUAUUGUGGAAAACUAACUCCUUUUGCCGAUUUCAUGUGUUUCAAUGGUGUGAGAUGUACAAAAUUCUACUUGUUACUCAUACUGUAUUGAUAUCGCUGUGGCCUGGAACAACCUUGCUGGAAAACAUAAAAUUCUUUAUUUUUGGUAUUAAACAAAGAGAAAAAAAAUGCUUUAUGUGUAUUCAAAAAAAAAUAUUAAAUGUUUUCUUUUUUGGGGGCCGGAGUAAAGGUGAUGUUUGUAUUUUUUAAAUCUAAAAUUAAUGGUUUUCUAUACCCAAGAAUCCCUUGUUUUGUUUUCUUAAGCCAGAAUAUUAAAAAAAAAAAAAAAGUGAAUGAGAUUGGGAUAUGCAUUUUAUGGAUGUAUUUUUCUAGUUUAUCUCAUUUAAAGUAUAUUUAUUUUCAUUAGGAAAAAGAGAAAAGAUGUCAAGUAUGAUGUCCCAUAUUUCCAAAGGAGAAAUGGGGUGGUUGUACGUGAGAACGUCUGACCCGAUGGUGGUGGAUCUUCCUUGGCCUGCUUCCCACCAUCACUGGUAGAGAGAUCCUUCCAUCGAGGGCAGAAAUGGGAUCAAGUCUUAGUUCAGUUCAGUUCAGUUCCUUUCUGAUUGAUUUUGGCUCAGGUCGCUCAAGGUCAACUUUCCUCUGAAAAUAUAGGACUAAAAUAAUAUUGUUUAUGAUAGCCCAACUUGCCAGCUUAUUUUUAAUUUGCUGGAUGACCUUCCUUGACUUGGGUUAUUGUGUUUGGCACCGUAGAAAGGGUUGCUGAUGAAUGUGGCAGUGAUGGAGAGGGAAGGAGAAAGAGACCAGGAAUUUUUGACCAGGAAUUCAUUGACAGAACAAGACCUCUGCAAAGGACCUUUCUCUUGGUAGCUACCUACCAUCAUGGUUGUGCAGAUCAGAAGAAGUCCAUGGUCCAUGAGAUCAUUUUUCUAGGAGUUAAUCAUAGGGGACUUUGGACCAUCCCAGGACCCAGGAGUAAUAAAAAAUGUUUAAUUGCAGACUUCCUGAGGGUCUACAUUGUACAGUAAAUGUUGACAUCCUAUCUCAUAACCAUCAGAAUUCUAGGCUUAACUUCCCUAUCUCCUUUUUCGUCCUGGAGAAAGCCGAGAAAUAAAUAAGCAGAACCAGUGCAGGAUGGUGCUUCUCGGACUUUGACUUGAUCUUGGGGAAUCUGGAACAAAGUUCCCAGCCGUCCAUGAAGCUCAGAUUCUGGUUUAUGACCCCAUCUUUCUUUCUCUCUCAAUCAAUCCAGUCUACCUCGUGGGGAUAAAAUGAAAGGAGAUGAUGACCUUUUAGACUCUUCUUGAGGGAAGUCAAUGAAUAAAGCUGAAUUAAACAUGGAGAGUUGAGAUCUGAGAUGCCUAGAAUAGUCAAGAGGUCCCGUAGAAAAGUCAGACCUUCCCAUUAUUCCAAAGGGGGCCAUGGAGAACUCAGAUAUAUAAUGAUACAUUGGAGUUGUGUUUUUCUCUUGCUCUUGUGUAACUUUGUUAUCAUUGUGUUGGUUGUCCAAAAUCUUACCAAAACAGUUCCAAAGAGAGGGUCACCAUGCCCCAUCACCUAUGUCCGAAUGGAGGGACCUGUACUGCAGAUAAUGUUUCUGUUUCCAGUUUGUGCGUUCAGAUGUGGAUGUGUUUUUAUGUGUCCAGUGUUAAACAAACUGUGUGUCCCUCCAUGGAUGGCAAUAUGACUGAUGUUACCUUGAUUUUAUUCUUGAUCAACAUUGGAUUUGGUUGCUGGUUUUAGUUCUUUCCCCCCCCCUCUCUCGGUGUUAAAAUUGAUCAAACAAACUCACGUUUAUUAAAGUAAUUUGAACGAAAAGGAAGUUUUCCCUUUGAUCAUUGCUUAAGACUUCAAAGUCCCAUUCAUUCAAAAUCUGGAUGUGUUGAGAGAGGAAAAUACCUUACUAAAAAUAUGUGUGGGUGUUUUCCUAUGAGUGUAACUCUCGGUGUUCUGUAUGUGCUAUGUGGACAAGGAAAAACCUGUAUAAAAAUGAAUUUAUAUAUU